AUGGUGGAAAACACUUCGAACCGAUCUUCAUCCAAACCGUCACUUGGAAACCUUACCAUUGGUACUUCGAUUGUUUUGGACAUAAGUUCACCUACACCAAUACAACCAAAUCGUCCUUCACUCUUUGAAGAUCGAGAGAUAUGUGUUGAUCCAGAAGGUAUAACAAAGGACUCAACCACGACUUCAUUUGAACUUGAUAGCCUUUCAACAGCGCUGCCAAGAGCACGUAAAGAAUCGAGCCCAUCUAGAUUACGAAAAAUCGCCAGUUCGAUCUUCCUUCGUCCUUCACAUGCCCGAACCCAAAGCGAGACUCUAUUUGAUAGCGAAGAGUCAUCUGGAGGCGAUGGUACGAGCACAAUAGUAGAUGAGGAGAAUUUGUUUGGCGGUUAUACCAGAGCGGAUGGACGAGAGGCAAACCAUGAUCAUUUAGACCAUUCCCGCAAGAGUAGCUCUUCAAGUCUUUACCCCUCACCAGCCAAUAGUCCUAGAUUAAAUGGACACAAGUCUAUUGCGUCACUUGCGUCUGCAAGCCUUAUGAUGGGCGCUCUUCAACCUGCUAUACCAACAGUGAAAAUUGCAGCUUCUUUACAAAUCGAAAAUCAAACAGGUUGGACAAUUCAAAUGGUACAAUGGCCAACCAAAACAAAACGUCGAGGAAAAACUAGUUAUUUGUUAUCACAUUUUCGUGGAAAUUAUUUCGACGAAUCUUCAAUUCCACCGAUGUCUGAGAAGCUACAAGGACCGUUAAUCGAAAUUGGAAUUAUACCUCAAUUGGGACGUCUAAAGUCUCGAAAGGCACCAUCAGGAUGGAUUUACUUUGAUAUUAUGAAGCCAGACGGAUAUGUUCUACAUUUACAAUGUUAUAUCAAACUUGAUCGAUCUGGUCAUGUUAUCACCGCAUUGAUUGGUCGAUUUGACCUUGACUCUAGUACUGAUAAACCAAUGCCUUCAGGCUUAUUAGGCACAGCUGAAGUCUCUGGGAUCAAUCCUGCUUUAGUGACAUACCGUCUUACUACUGCAAACUUGAUCAACGCAGAAAACACAGUGGACGAUACACCUUUUAAGCCUUUGAUUAUGGUUCCUACCAAAGGAAUCACUCUAUCUUCCUACGUUUCUCAUCCGUUUGUCACCGUUUCCUUCAGGGCUGGAAAGGAUGGAAGAUAUCAUGAAGGGUCUCCCAUCUUCUGUUUGCGUUCAACAUCGUCAUCAUCCACAACCUGUCCUCAAUCGAUCGGUGACAAUCAACCCCUUGAGUGGCCUAGUGUAAGUUCAGAAGGGGAUAAACGACUACCUUUGGCUUCUACAUCAGAAUCGAAAUCAAUUUUCUUACCUGAGUUGAACCUAUCACUGGCGUACGGGUUUCACGACUCUCGAAUGGGAAAGCGGCAUUCCAUGUAUGCCUACGUAACGCCUCAUUAUAGCACAUGGCUUGGCGAUUUAAUCGCUAGCGAUGCUCGAUGGCUAGAGGUUCCAUUCUCACGUCUUGUCUUACAAGGGUCACAUGAUUCAGGAAUGUUUACGCCUUUAAACCCGGGGUUUGUGGAGAUGAUUACGAGGAUGAAGUUAGACUCAAGCAUUGGAAGUUUUAUGGUUGAUCAUGGAAUGACUUUCGUUCAUGUCCUUACACGACUAUUGAAGACUUUCAAUAUUGACUUGGAGAAUGCGAUUUGUAAUGUUGCAAAUACUCAAAAGGAUCACUUCUAUGAUCAACUUCGUAGUGGGGCUAGGUUCUUUGACUUCAGACCAGGAUACUGUUUUCAUGAAUGCGUGAAUGGCGAAAAAGGAAAGAUUCAUCAUCAACAUGCAUGCGUACCUGGUUAUGAGUAUGAAUCAGCGCUCAUUGAAACAUUCAAAUUCUUGGCGCUGCAUCCCAAAGAGAUUGUAGUAUUUGAACUCAAGAGUGAUGGUUUUAUUGCGCGGAAGACUACAUGGCGAAAAGAUUCAAUACCGGUUCCUUCAAUGAUCCCAACUCGACAAGCUUUAUCGUUAGCAGUUGAAGAAGCUCGAGCUGAAGCUACUCUACUAGAACCUAAAGUAAAGCGAAUCAAAGUCGGAGGCCCUUCUGAUCUAGAUAGACCGAUUGGAAAACUCCUUACUGAAGGAGUCAGAUUGAUUAUCAUUCAUCGAAUGGGUGAAGAGCCUGAGCAAGGCUGGGAUUGGAUCAGAGAUGAUUCAUAUGAUCAUGUUUCAUAUGAUACAGAUCGACCUGAACCUAUCCUCAAUGCUCUUAGUAGAACUUAUGUUAGGAAUUCAGUUUCACAAAGCUCAGAUAGAUUAGACCAGAACAAACCUUUGCCAGGCACCAUAUAUCAAUUACAAGCUACGCCUACCAAGAGUAUUUCAGAUGAUAUUGCAACUUCUUUAACAUACUCGAAAGCUUCUUCUUUGCUUGUUUACACUAAAGCUACUGUUGAUCCUCAUACAUAUCGUUGGAUACGUGAACGACAUUUUGUUGAACCUGGUCUCGUUGUUUUGUUGAACGAUUUUGUUGAUCCGGUCUUGACUGAACAUGCGAUUGAGAAAUCAAAGAUAAGAGCUGGAUUAUAUACCUAA